AUGUUUCUAGGAUUGCAACUGAUACCGACUAAUGCUUUCUCGCCUAUCCGUACCUCAAUCAUCGGGGAGCUCAUGGAAGCACAUUACAAUUCGGCGAGCAUGGAGCAUGGUAAAGGCAGUGACGGCCGUCGAAAACGAAUAAUAUCGUCCAGCUACGGCUCACCGAGCUUAAUCAAGGACCAUCGCCGACGCUUCAGGGACCAGCUCAUCUCUAUUUCUGAGAAGCUACAACAGGAAAUAAUAGAUGCGGUGGCACAACAGGCCACAUUCAUCGAAACUAACCUAAACACUCUAAGACACGAAAAUGCCAUCCUGGAAAGUGAGAGAAACCCGGAAUUCCAAAAACGUCUUGAAACGGAAGUUACUCGGGUUAAAGGAGAGAUGAGAACACUCAUAGCUGCUAUUGAUGAUCUCUCCAUUGUUUGA